AUGUCAUCUGUUAUUCCUAUCUCUCCAAUUACUCCUUCCAUGGAGUCCACCGGUGACCGUUUAAUUACUUUAGAACUAAAAGAUGGUAUCACUUUACAAGGUUACUCAUUCGGUGCUGAGAAGAGUUGUGCUGGGGAAUUGGUUUUCCAAACUGGUAUGGUUGGUUAUCCAGAAUCCAUUACUGAUCCUUCUUAUGAAGGUCAGAUCUUAGUUAUCACCUUCCCAUUGGUCGGUAACUACGGUGUUCCUGAUUUCAAUCUAGAAGAUGAAUUUGUGAAGGAAUUACCAAGAUAUUUCGAAAGCAAUAGAAUCCAUAUCGCAGGGCUAGUCAUUGCCCAUUAUACUGAAAAAUACUCUCAUUGGUUAGCCAAGUCUUCCUUAGGUAAAUGGUUACAAGAUGAAGGUAUUCCAGCUGUAUAUGGUGUGGAUACCAGAGCAUUAACUAAACAUUUGAGAGAUUCGGGUUCUAUGCUUGGGAGAUUAGCAUUACAAAAGACAUCUUCCUCUUCUAAUAACUGGCCAUCAAGUUUCGAUAUUCCAGAAUGGGUUGAUCCAAACGUUGAAAAUUUGGUUGCCACAGUUUCUACUAAGGAACCAAAAUUAUACCUACCUCCAACUGAUAAUGAAAACAUAACUAUACAAAAGGGUCCAGAUGGUAAAACUUUACGAAUUUUAGCUAUUGAUGUUGGUAUGAAAUAUAACCAAAUCCGUUGCUUCAUUAAACGUGGUGUUGAAUUGAAGGUCGUCCCAUGGGAUUACGAUUUCACAAAAGAAGAAUAUGAUGGUCUCUUUAUUUCAAAUGGUCCAGGUGAUCCAUCUGUCCUCAAAGAACUUACUCAAAGACUUGCUUCUGUUGUUGAUUCAAAAAAAACUCCAAUAUUUGGUAUUUGUUUGGGUCAUCAAUUGUUAGCUAGAUCAACUGGUGCUUCCACAUUGAAACUAAAAUUUGGUAAUCGUGGUCAUAACAUUCCAUGUACUUCUACAAUUAGUGGUCGUUGUUACAUUACAUCUCAAAAUCAUGGUUUUGCUGUUGACGUUGACACGUUAACAUCUGGCUGGGAACCAUUAUUUUACAACGCCAAUGAUGGAUCAAAUGAAGGUAUUUACCAUUCAGAAUUGCCAUACUUUUCGGUGCAAUUUCAUCCUGAAUCUACUCCAGGUCCAAGAGAUACUGAAUUCUUAUUUGAUGUCUUCAUUAACUCUGUCAAGGAAUUCAAGUCCACUGGUGUAUUAAAAUCUGUAGAAUUCCCAGGUGGAAAGGUUGAAGAUAAUUUGAGGGCACACCCAAGAGUUGAAGCAAAGAAGGUCUUGGUUUUAGGUUCAGGUGGGUUAUCCAUUGGUCAAGCUGGUGAAUUCGAUUAUUCAGGGUCUCAGGCUAUCAAGGCAUUGAAGGAAGAAGGUAUUUAUACGAUACUGAUUAAUCCAAAUAUUGCUACUAUUCAAACAUCUAAAGGUUUAGCUGACAAAGUUUAUUUCCUACCUGUUACAGCAGAAUUUGUUAGAAAAGUUAUCCUUCAUGAACGUCCAGAUGCCAUUUAUGUUACUUUCGGUGGUCAGACAGCCUUGUCAGUUGGUAUUGAAAUGAAGGAUGAAUUUGAAAGUUUAGGUGUUAAAGUCCUAGGUACUCAAAUUGAUACAAUUAUCACAACCGAAGAUCGUGAAUUAUUCGCAAACGCCAUUGAUGAAAUUAAUGAAAAAUGUGCCAAGUCUCAUGCAGCUAAUUCUGUCGAAGAAGCUUUGACUGCUGUGAAGGACAUUGGUUUCCCUGUCAUUGUUCGUGCUGCAUAUGCCCUUGGUGGUCUAGGUUCUGGUUUCGCCAACAAUGAACAAGAAUUGAUUGAUCUAUGUAAUGUCGCAUUCGCAUCCUCUCCACAAGUGUUAGUAGAAAGAUCGAUGAAGGGUUGGAAAGAAAUUGAAUAUGAAGUUGUUCGUGAUGCAUUUGAUAACUGUGUUACAGUCUGUAAUAUGGAAAAUUUUGAUCCAUUAGGUAUUCAUACCGGUGAUUCUAUUGUUGUUGCACCAUCUCAAACAUUAUCUGAUGAAGAAUAUAACAUGCUAAGAAAUACUGCAGUCAACGUCAUUAGACAUUUGGGUGUCGUCGGUGAAUGUAAUAUACAAUAUGCUUUAAAUCCAUUUUCUAAAGAAUAUUGCAUUAUUGAAGUCAAUGCUCGUUUGUCCCGUUCUUCUGCCCUCGCAUCAAAGGCUACUGGUUAUCCUUUAGCUUAUACAGCAGCCAAAUUGGGGUUGAAUAUUCCAUUAAAUGAGGUUAUCAACUCUGUUACGAAAUCGACUUGUGCUUGUUUCGAACCUUCCUUGGAUUAUUGUGUCGUUAAAAUGCCAAGAUGGGAUUUGAAGAAGUUUACAAGAGUUUCAACAGAAUUAUCCUCUUCUAUGAAGUCUGUUGGUGAGGUUAUGAGUAUUGGUAGAACAUUUGAAGAGGCUAUCCAAAAGGCCAUUAGAUCUACCGAAUAUGCAAAUCUAGGGUUUAAUGAAACAGAUCUAGAAAUUGAUAUUGAUUAUGAACUAGCUAAUCCAACCGAUUUACGUGUCUUUGCUAUUGCCAACGCCUUUAGUAAGCUGAACUAUUCAAUUGAGAAGGUUUGGGAACUUACAAAAAUCGAUAAAUGGUUCCUGUCUAAAUUGUAUGAUUUGAUUCAAUUCGGUAAGAAGGUUACCGCGGUCGGUGCCAUUGAAGGUUUCCCAUCUGCAACGUUAAGGGAAGCUAAACAACUAGGUUUUGAUGAUAGACAAAUUGCCAAGUUUUUAAAUUCAAAUGAGGUCGCUAUUCGUCGUCUGAGAAAGGAUCAUGGUAUAACCCCAUUUGUAAAACAGAUUGAUACUGUCGCUGCUGAGUUUCCAGCUCAUACAAACUAUUUGUACAUGACUUAUAAUGCUUCCUCUCACGAUUUAUCAUUUGAUGAACAUGGUGUCAUGGUCUUGGGUUCAGGUGUUUACCGUAUUGGUUCUUCUGUUGAAUUUGAUUGGUGUGCUGUCACCGCAGUUAGAACAUUGCGUGCCAACAAGAUUAAAACUAUUAUGAUCAAUUACAACCCAGAAACUGUGUCAACUGAUUACGAUGAAGCUGACAGGUUAUACUUUGAAACAAUUAAUUUAGAAAGAAUUCUAGAUAUUUAUGAGAUUGAAAACUCUUCAGGUGUUGUUGUUUCCAUGGGUGGUCAAACCUCCAACAAUAUUGCCAUGUCCCUACAUCGUGAGAAUGUUAAAAUUUUAGGUACUUCUCCCGAAAUGAUUGACUCUGCCGAGAAUCGUUACAAGUUUUCACGUAUGUUAGACCAAAUUGGUGUUGAUCAACCUGCUUGGAAAGAAUUGACUUCUAUGGACGAAGCUGAAUCAUUUGCUGAAAAGGUUGGAUACCCUGUGUUGGUCCGUCCAUCUUACGUUCUAUCUGGUGCUGCUAUGAAUACUGUCUAUUCUAAGAAUGACCUAGCUUCUUACCUAAAUCAAGCUGUUGAAGUGUCUCGUGAUUAUCCUGUCGUUAUAACCAAAUACAUUGAAAAUGCAAAGGAAAUUGAAAUGGACGCUGUCGCAAGAAAUGGUGAGUUAGUAAUGCAUGUGGUCUCUGAACAUGUUGAAAAUGCUGGUGUCCAUUCAGGUGAUGCUACUUUAAUUGUUCCUCCUCAAGAUUUGGCCAAAGAGACCGUUGAUAGAAUUGUUGUUGCCACCGCCAAGAUUGGUAAAGCUUUGAAAAUUACUGGUCCAUACAAUAUUCAAUUUAUUGCUAAAGAUAAUGAGAUUAAGGUUAUUGAAUGUAAUGUCCGUGCCUCUCGUUCUUUCCCAUUUAUUUCUAAGGUUGUUGGCGUCAAUUUAAUUGAACUAGCCACAAAGGCUGUCAUGGGUCUUCCUUUUGAACCAUAUCCAGUUGAAAAAUUACCUGAUGAUUAUGUCGCCGUUAAGGUUCCGCAGUUCUCUUUUCCACGUUUAGCAGGCGCUGAUCCUGUUUUAGGUGUUGAAAUGGCUUCGACAGGUGAAGUUGCAUCAUUUGGUCAUUCUAAAUAUGAAGCAUAUCUAAAGGCGCUUAAAGCAACUGGGUUUAAACUCCCAAAGAAAAACAUUUUACUAUCCAUUGGUUCAUAUAAAGAAAAAAAAGAGUUGUUACCAUGUGUCCAGAAGUUAUACAAUAUGGGAUUUAAGUUAUUUGCAACUGCUGGUACAGCUGAUUUCAUCUCUGAAAACGGAAUUCCUGUCCAAUACUUGGAAGUUUUGAAUGAAGAUGAUGAAGAGAAGAAGGAAUAUUCUUUGACACAGCAUCUAGCUAACAACGAAAUUGACUUAUACAUUAAUUUACCUUCCGCUAAUAGAUACCGUCGUCCUGCUUCCUAUGUCUCAAAUGGGUACAGAACACGUAGAAUGGCUGUUGAUUAUUCUGUUCCUCUAGUUACGAACGUCAAGUGUGCCAAGUUAUUAAUUGAGGCUCUUUCAAGACACAUUGCUCUCGAUGUUUCGGAGCGUGAUGCUCAAACAUCCCACAGGACUGUGACUAUCCCAGGUUUGAUCAACGUUACAGGUUAUGUUCCAAAUGCUUCAAAUGUGAUUAAAGGGCCAGCUGAAUUGAAAGAGACCACUCGUCUGUGUUUAGAAUCUGGUUUCACCUUUUCUCAAAUUAUGCCAAGAUCUGCAAGUGGCCCAACUAUCACUGAUUCUCAUUCUUUGAAGGCAGCUUUAUCCACAGCUAAAGACUCAUCAUAUACUGAUUUCUCAUUGACUGUCGCCGGUACUUCCAAUAAUGCUGAAAUGAUUGGUAGUACAUCUGACCAAGUGAGUGCAUUAUUUCUUCCAUUCCAUGAAUUGAAGAAUAAGGUUUCUACAGUCGCUGAGCUUUUAAAGACCUGGCCAAUCGAGAAGCAAGUUAUUGCCGAAGCAAAGACAGCCGAUUUGGCAUCCGUUCUUUUACUAGCAUCCCUACAAAAUAGAUCAAUCCAUAUUACUGGAGUUUCUAAUAAAGAAGAUUUAGCUUUGAUUAUGACUGUGAAAGAAAAAGAUCCAAGUGUUACCUGUGAUGUUUGUAUCCAUUCUCUGUUUGUUACUCAAGAAGACUAUCCAGAAGGUGUAUUCCUACCAACCGAGGAGGAUCAACAAUUCUUCUGGGAUAAUUUGGAUUCCAUUGAUGCAUUUUCUAUAGGUGUUUUACCAACUAUGCUGGCUCACGUUACAGGAAACAAGGUUGAUAUUGGAUCUGGUAUCAAAGAUGCCUUACCACUCCUAUUAUCUGCUGUAGAGGAUGGCAGAUUGACUAUUGACGAUAUUGUUCUCCGUUUGCAUGACAACCCUAUCAAGAUAUUUAACCUUCCAGAACAAAAGGCUGUUGUUGAAAUCGAUUUAGAUUACUCAUUCAAUAAUAGAAAGAGAUGGUCUCCAUACACUAAGGGUGGCUUAAAUGGUGGUAUUGAACGUGUUCUUGUGAAUGAUGAAACUGUUGUACUAAGUGGUGAUUUGAUAGCUAUCCAACCAACUGGUAUUUCGGUUGUAAAGGCUCAAGGUAGUGGCCCCGUUUCUGCCAAUAUUGAAGCUCCAUUAGGAACAUCUACUGCAAAUAAGAGAAAAUUUUCUGUAUUUGGAGAGAGGCCAUCGUUUGCUAAUGUUGAUGAAGCUGAAAAGUAUAUGGAUCAACCAAUUGAGCAAAAACUAAUGUCAUCAAGACCACCAAAAGAAUUAGUUGUACCAGGUGCUUUGGAAAAUUUGAUUCGUGGAAAUAAUCCAUUUUUAGGAAGAAAUAUCUUAUCAGUGAAACAAUUUAGUCGUUCUGAUUUACAUGUGUUAUUCGGUGUUGCUGAAGAACUUAGAGCUGCUGUUGCCAGAGAAGGUGUUUUAGAUCUAAUGAAGGGUCAUGUUAUGACCACAAUUUUCUAUGAGCCAUCUACUCGUACUUGUUCUUCAUUUAUUGCUGCAAUGGAGCGCCUAGGGGGUAGAGUGGUGAAUAUUAACCCAUCUGUUUCUUCUGUAAAAAAGGGAGAAACUCUACAAGAUACUGUUAGAACUUUGGCUUGCUACAGUGAUGCAAUUGUUAUGCGUCACCCAGAUGAAAUGUCUGUUCAUAUUGCAGCUAAAUACUCCCCUGUACCAAUCAUUAACGGUGGUAAUGGUUCACGUGAACAUCCUACUCAGGCAUUCCUAGAUUUGUUUACUAUUCGUGAAGAAAUUGGUACUGUUAAUGGUAUUACCGUUACAUUCUUAGGUGAUUUGAAGCAUGGAAGAACAGUUCAUUCGUUGUGUCGUUUGCUAUUACAUUACCAAGUGAGAAUUAACCUUGUCUCCCCAACUGAAUUAAGAAUACCAGAAGGCCUAAGGAAAGAAUUAAAAGAUGCAGGCUUAUUGGGUGUGGAAAGCACUGAAUUGACUCCAGAGAUCAUCUCCAAAUCCGAUGUGCUAUAUUGUACGAGAGUUCAACAAGAAAGAUUCAAGACACAAGAAGAUUAUGAGAAGUUCAAAAAUGCAUACAUUAUUGACAAUAAGGUUUUGGCCCAUGCCAAGGAAAAUAUGGCUGUUAUGCAUCCACUUCCUCGUGUCAAUGAAAUUAAGGAAGAAGUUGAUUACGACCAUCGUGCAGCAUACUUUAGAGAAAUGAAAUAUGGUUUGUUUGUCAGAAUGGCUUUAUUGGCCAUGGUCAUGGGUGUUGAUAUUUAA